AUGGAAUCUGAGCAGAAAUCUGGCAUUCUGGAUGCAAAUACUGACCAUAAAGCAACCUCAGAAGAAAGUAAUUCUUCAUCUUGUGGACAUAGUGGUGACCAAAACAUGAGCUAUGAUAAUAAACCUGGUGAGAUCCUCAAGAACUUGCAGAAUGUCUCAUACAUCUACAGACAAGAUGUUGUCAGAUGCAAAACAAAAACUCAAAUUGGGAUAGUGACUGAAGUUGCUGGGGAUUCAGAUUCAGAUUCAGAUAGCAGCAUAACUGAUGAUGAAGAUGAAGAUGAAGAUGAAGAUGAGGGAGGAGUUGAUAAUGAAAAGGAUGAUGGGGCAGGUUCUAAUGAGGAAGGUGAUUUAGAAAAUGAUGAAAAUUCCGGAGAGAAUGCUGUUGAUAGUAAUGAAAGUAAUGACUCUAAGAACAACCCACUCACCGCAGACCAAGUUAGGGUGCUUUGGAUGGAUGGGGCUGAAACAACAGAAACUACUACCGACGUGGAAGUUAUUGAUAGAGGAUUUUUACAUGGAGACUAUGUGGCUGCUGCUUCUGAUCCAACUGGCCAAAUAGGCAUAGUGGUGGAUGUGAAUAUCAAUGUCGAUUUAUUAACACAUGAUGGAUCUGUUAUAAAGGAUAAAGCAUCCAGAGAUCUGAUGCGCAUAAGAGAUUUCACUAUUGGGGAUCAUGUGGUUCUUGGGCCUUGGCUAGGUAGAAUUGAAGAUGUUUUUGACAAUGUUACUGUUCAGUUUGAUGAUGGUUCUGUCUGCAAAGUGAUGAAAGCUGACCCACUCCAUCUUAAACCAGUUGGAAAGAAUAUACUGGAAGAUGGACAUUUCCCGUAUUAUCCAGGUCAACGUGUGCAGUCAAGCUCUUCAUCAGUUUUCAAGAAUUCUCGGUGGUUAUCUGGGUCAUGGAAAGCUAACAAAGUACAAGGUACAGUAAUCAAUGUUACUGUAGGAUCAGUGUUCAUUUACUGGAUUGCAUCUGCUGGUUAUGGGCCUGAUUCGGCUACUACUCCCGCUGAAGAGCAGAGUCCUAAGAACUUAAAACUACUAUCUUGUUUUGCACAUACAAAUUGGCAGUUGGGAGAUUGGUGCCUACUCCCGUUCUCCAAGGAGUCAACAGUUACAACCUUGAACAAGGGAUCAGACAAAGCUGAUUCCCAUGAUUCUACUAAGGGUGAGCAUGAAUUUACUGAAACAGGUGAUGAUUCUGAUGCAGAAAUGGCCACUACGGAGCAAUCAUCUGAGAAUAAUAAAUCUAUUGGAAAUGAUUUAGUUGCUUCAUCUGGCCAAAAUGGUGAAACAUCAAAAGAAAAUAAGACCUUCACUGAAGAUUCAAGCAAUAGUUCAGUGCCAGCGUCAAAGGAAGUUCUCCUUCAUCGCAAGAAGUUGCGUAAAGUGGUAGUUAGAAAGGACAAGAAAUCCCGAAAGAAAUUAGAAAAUUUUGAAAGGGCUCUCUUAAUUUGCAACACCAUUACAAAAGUUGAUGUUGUCUGGCAGGAUGGCAAGAUAAAAUGUGACCUGGAUUCAACAUCUUUAAUUCCUAUUGAUAGUCCUGGUGAUCAUGAAUUUGUUGCAGAACAGUAUGUUGUGGAAAAAGCUGCUGACAGUGAUGAUGCUGUUGAAACCAGACGAGUUGGGGUUAUAAAAAGUGUCGAUGCAAAAGACCGGACCGCCUGUGUUAGGUGGUUGAAGCCUGUUGCAAGGGCGGAGGACCCUAGAGAAUUUGAUAAAGAGGAAAUGGUGAGUGUUUAUGAGCUAGAGGGGCACCCUGAUUACGAUUAUUGUUAUGGAGAUGUAGUUGUUAGGCUGUCACCUAUUUCUUUGCCAGACCAAAUGGAUUCUCUUGUGCAUUCUGUUGAAAACAUGGCACUAACUCAUCCGGACGAGCCGAAACAAGAAAAUGGGGAGCAUUAUGGAUGUGGAAGUACUGAAACCACACUUAAUCAUGAUGAAUCUACUGAAUUUUCUGACCUCUCUUGGGUCGGGAACAUCACAGGUUUGAGAGAUGGCGAUAUAGAAGUCACAUGGGCUGAUGGUAUGAUAUCAACGGUUGGUCCUCAGGCGAUAUAUGUUGUUGGCCGGGAUGAUGAUGAGUCCAUUGCUGCUGGAAGUGAUGGCGAUGAUGCAGCUAGCUGGGAAACAGUUGAAGAUGACACAGACAGUGUCAAUAAUCCCGAGGAGGAGGAUCAUGAGGCUGCAGAGGCCUCUGAUCUGUUAGAAAUCGCUGAGACGUUAUGUAACUUAAAACCUCCAGAAUCGAAUGCUUCUGCACGUGAAGAGUUUAUUUCAACAUUCAAAGGUUUCGAUAUAGUUAGAGAUCCUUUAGACCAUAACUUUCUUGGUUCACAGAAUCAGAACAAUUCCGCCAGGAAGUGGCUCAAGAAAGUUCAACAAGAUUGGGACAUUCUUCAAAAUAAUCUGCCGGAGGGUAUAUAUGUACGCGUCUAUGAAGAUAGAAUGGAUUUAUUGAGGGCUGUGAUAGUUGGAGCUUAUGGGACUCCUUACCAAGACGGACUUUUCUUCUUCGAUUUUCACCUUCCUCCAGAAUAUCCAGAUGUUCCUCCUUCUGCAUACUACCACUCUGGAGGAUGGAGAAUAAAUCCAAAUUUGUAUGAGGAAGGAAAGGUUUGCCUCAGUCUUUUGAAUACGUGGACAGGUAGAGGAAAUGAGGUCUGGGAUCCUUCAACAUCGAGCAUUCUUCAAGUACUGGUUUCACUCCAAGGCCUAGUAUUAAAUGCAAAGCCAUAUUUCAAUGAAGCUGGAUAUGACAAACAAGUUGGGACAGCCGAAGGGGAGAAAAAUUCUCUGUCCUACAAUGAGAAUACAUUUUUAUUGAAUUGUAAGAUGAUGAUGUAUCUGAUGCGGAGGCCCCCAAAGGAUUUCGAAGAGCUUGUUGUGGAGCAUUUCAGGAAGCGUGGCUCUUACAUUCUCAAGGCAUGUGAUGCUUACAUGAAAGGGAACCUCAUUGGCUCGCUUGCAAAAGAUGCCUCUGCCAGUGAUAGUAUAACCAACUCGAAUUCAGUUGGUUUCAAGCUAAUGCUUGCUAAAGUGUUACCGAAACUUGUAUCUGCUCUGAAUGAUGUUGGAGCUGAGUGUCAAGAAUUCGAGCAUCUGGCACAGUCAUAGCAGUAGUCUUCAGGUAUUCUGUGCGAAACUAUUUAAGUGCUGCGUCUCAGCAUAGCACGCCUUAACUCGAGACAUUGGUACCAUGUUCCAUGGUUUGAGAAAUCCGCAAGGAUUCACUCAUCCAGUUGCAAAAAAUUGUGAAUUGCCAUAGUUUUGAGGAUUUAAUUUCAUUGCUCUUUGCGAUUUCUUCGUCUUCGUCGACUGUAUUUUGUUUCUGUUGUUAGGUAAGCUGCAGGAGGUGGAAAAGGGUGAGGGCAGUCAAAUUUUUUUACAAGAACAUGAGGUUUUUUGUUGUAAAAUUCAGAUUGUUUGUUUCUGCUUCUGCUUCUACUUGCUCAACUCAUUAUACUAUGAAACAAAAUACUAUUGGAACAGUAAUGAAAUUUAGACAUUCUUUUAUUUCUA